AUGAAAGUCUACCUGCAGUAUUUACUGCUACUAAUAGGAUAUCUGUCACUUGUCAACGUGCGUUCAACUGGCGAGAGGGUGCUUUUCCUGACGACUACUGUCUUCGCCCAAGGCGCACCCCCGACGCAGAUCAUUAGCCUUCUGCCAUCCACUGUUACCCAGACAGUGUUCGUGACCCAGCCUUGUGGCAACCCCGCCGCGGCGAUUCCGGCUGCGCAGAACCCGGCCGCCGCUGCAGGAUCGAGCAAUGGCACGGGACAGGCCAAUGCCGGCAGCGGCAGCGCACCACCUGCCUCCUCGGCCCUUGAGUCGUCAGUCAACCUUGGCGGUAUCGGACAGAGCGCACCCCCAGCAGCAGCCACCCCUCCAGUUGCCGCCAAUGCCCCCCCUGCCGCCGCUCAACCCACAGCGCCCGCUGCCAACAACGCCGCGCAGCCGGACAUCGACACGAGCGGGUUGACGUUGAAGUCGGCACUGAGCCUGGGCAACCUGGCGCAGCAGACGAUGCCCCCGCAAGGGUGA